AUGGAAACAAGAAACCAGACCAACAUCAGUUAUUUUAUCCUUCUGGGAUUCCCCACUUCUGCAAAGCUCCAGCUUCUACUUUUUGUCUUGUUCCUUUUGGCCUACCUAUUGACCCUGAUGGAAAAUCUCAUUAUUAUGAUAGUCAUUCGCAUCAACAACAGCCUCCACAAGCCCAUGUACUUCUUCCUGUUCAACCUUUCUUUCCUGGAAAUCUGGUAUGUCACAAUCAUUGCCCCUAAGAUGCUGGCAGAUUUUCUCACACAGGACAAGCGUAUCUCCUUCCAGGGCUGCCUGACACAGUUGUAUUUCUUCGUCACCUUUGUGUGCAGUGAAUACAUUCUUCUGGCAGUCAUGGCUUAUGACCGGUAUUUGGCCAUAUGCAAUCCACUGCGUUACCCAGUCAUCAUGAGUAAUACCUACUGUGUCCAGCUGUCAGCAGGAUGCUGGAUGUGUGGCUUGAUCACCUCUGCGAUCAAACUCAGCUUCAUUGGCCGGCUGAAGUACUGUGACAUUGACAAGAUCAACCACUACUUCUGUGACAUUUCACCUCUCUUGAAUCUCUCCUGCACUGAUUCUUCCAUGGCUGAGCUGGCAGAUUUUAUCCUGGCUCUAAUGGUUAUCAUGGUCCCACUCUGCAUUGUUGUUAUGUCAUACAUCUAUAUCAUCUCCACAGUACUGAAGAUACCUUCAGCACAAGGCAGAAAAAAGGCCUUUUCUACCUGCAGCUCACAUCUUACAGUGGUGGUGCUCUUUUACUCUACCACACUUUUCACCUAUGCAAGGCCUAAAGCCAUGUAUGCCUACAAUGCCAACAAACUGGUGUCGGUGUUGUACACUGUAGUAGUUCCUCUACUGAAUCCUCUAAUAUACUGCCUCAGAAAUAAAGAAGUAAAAGAUGCCCUAAGAAAGACUCUGGCAGGUUAA